AUGGCGGGCGCCGACGCUGCUCGGUCAAGUCAUUCAACUGUUCAGGAGACGGAAAAGAACGAGGUUUAUUCAGUUAAGCCGGGCGACCUUCCCGGUCAAUCCAAAGAAAUAAUCCCCAAGGACGACCAGAUAGUCGUCCGCAUGAGCAACUCGCUUAUUUCGGAUUGGCGUAAGACUCAACGUCUUACGGGUCUUAUUCCCCUGUAUGUCAGGCUCAAGUUCCUGACAUCAAGGAAAACCCUCAGGGAGAUGGACCCCAUUCUUCAUCGCCUGGUACUUCUUCAAUGCAAUGCCUACAUUGUAUUCCAAGCCAUCGAGAAUAUUUGCCACUUACAGGGAAAAGGCAUAUUACCUUUGUCCAUGAUCGAAAAGCGAGGUGGGAUGGCCAAAUGGAUAGCGUGGAGUUGCCGCGCCUGGUGUGUGGGCGUGGUGAGCGAUUUCUUCCGGCUAUGGCGUGAGGCCGAGAUCGAAAAGAAGAAGUGCGGUAGGAAGACGGCUCAGGAGCAGGCGGAUUUCAAUCGAAAGUGGUGGAAUGAACUUAUGGUCGCUGCGUGCUGGUUGCCUGUUGCAGUCCACAGCAGUUUUUACCCCAAGGGCAUUCGGGGCAUGAAUGCAGGUAUAGUUUCCCUUUUGGGUCUUAUAGCUAGUUUGAACAGCUUUAGGAAUCAAUGGCGAGCUACGGGUUAA